AUGGAUACCAAGGGGCUCCUGUCCUUGAGCCUCCUGCUAAUUCUGUCCCUGGCUUUUGAGCUGAGCUACGCAACAGGUGGGGGCGUGAUGAACUGCCCAAAGAUUCUCUGGCGGUUGGGAAGUGAUGUGGUGCUGCCCCUGACCAGUGAACGGAUAAACAAAAGCAUGAACAAAAGCAUUCAUAUUCUUGUCACCAUGGCCGAGUCACCAGAAAGCAGCAUCAAGAAGAAAAUAGUCUCUCUCGAUCCAUCUGAAAAGGGCUCUCAGAGUUACCUGGAGGAUGGCUAUCAGUUCCACCUGGAAAAYCUGAGCCUGGUGAUCUUGGGCAGCAAGAAUGACAGCGAGGGAUGGUACUUUAUGAGCCUGGAGGAAAACAUCUCGGUCCGGCAAUUUUGUGUGCAGCUGGAGCUUUAUGAGCAGGUCUCCACUCCAGAAAUUAAAGUGUUAAACACAACUCAAGAGAAAGACAAUGGGACCUGCAGCUUGAUACUCUCCUGCACAGYGGAGAAGGGGGACCACGUGACUUACACCUGGAGUGAGAAGGGCACCCACCUGCUGAGCUCAGCCAACAGCUCCCACCUCCUGUACCUUACCCUUGGUCGGCAGCAUGCUGACAACGUCUACGUCUGCACUGCAAGCAACCCUGUCAGCAACAGCUCCCAGACCUUCAGUCCAGGGCGCAGGUGCGGUUUCAAGUCCUCAGACUCAAGACAAUGGGGACUGUUUGCUGGACUGUUGCUAGGGGGCAUCGUGGGCGUCAUCAUGACUAUUGAAGUGGUAAUCCUCCUGUGGAGAAGAAGAGGUAACAAAAACCAUUACCAACCAGCCGCGGAAGAAAAAAGCCUUACUAUCUACGCCCAAGUCCAGAAAGCAGGUACUCUUCAGAGGAAACCUGACCCCCUGCCAGCCGAGGACCCCUGCACCACCAUCUAUGUGGCUGCCACAGAGCCAGUCCAGGAACCAAAUCCCAUCACAGUCUAUGCCAGUGUGACCCUUCCAGAGAGCUGA